GCAGUUUUGGCCCAUACUGAGCGACAAACAUCUCGCCUGGCUUCAGAACAGUUUCACUGAUUCCGGCAAAGCGUCACUGAGACUCGUCGUGGACAGAUUUCCGGCCCGGCCCGCUUCAGUGUGACCAUAAAUGAGUGUGUCAUGCAUCUGUGACUCGUGGAGAGAGAGACGACAGCAGGCUCCAGGCACCCAGUCAGUCUGCCUGCCUCAAAGAGUCCUGCUUGCAGCCAGGCAUGUGACCUGAAUCAGGGGCUGCUCUGCUUUCACUGACGCCCUUCUCUGACGGUCAGGACAGGAGUCUGGAUUACUCUUCGCUUCCCCUUCUGUUCCCUUCAAUGAACGUUUCCCCGGGGACCUUUUACCCAAACAUGCUAAAAAUAGCCCCGUCAGAAGUGGGGCCGAGGCAGAUUGUGUUUCUCUUUCUUUAUUUGGAUCCCUGUGAACACAACGUAUUGGUCUCUCGCUUUUGGCUCACGUCAGAGGACAUGAGGAAGUGCUGAAAGAGGAACCGAGACAGGGCCAGAGAUAUAACUGCCCCCGUGAGAAGGCACAGCUGCCACAAUGCACUGCCGCACGGUCACCGUCUGAACCCGACCCCUUGGACGACCCUGCCCUCGCGCGGGGCUCUCUGAUUGGUGGGAGGCUGCUGAGGGAAGGACGACGUCGACGUGGUGAGGAGCUGAGAUCGAGGCACCACACCGCGAAUGUGGAAGCACAGGAGAAAAUGGAACGUCCCCCCCACCCCGGCACCGGGCGCCACACACAGCAUCCCCCGAGGCAAAAGGGCAGGACCUUAGCUCCUUCCUGCAGGCACCAUGGACACCUUUUUCCGCCGGCACUUUAAGAGGAAAGAGGCAGCCGGGGCCUCGGGCGGGGUCAGUCCGUCGGAGUUCUGCCGACACAGACGCCCGAGUGUGGCGGUGCCCACCAGCAAGGCCCGACGGCGGUCUAGCGCCGGCCUCCCGUCCGCCAUCCUCACCCAGCGACGGCGGUCAAGUGUGCAGGGGGUCCUCCCAGCCAGCAGGGGCUGCUGUGACAGGCCGAGAAAAGCGCACUAUUACCGAAGGCGCUCCAGCACCACCACGCCCAGCCUUAACCCGCGUUUCGCGGUGCGCCGGCGACGAGCCGGCAGGCUCCGGACCAUCGACACCCACCUGCUGGGGCCCUCCAUGCUGCUGGCCAGCCUCAUACAGAUGACCGAGGAGGAGGAGGGAGACGCCCCGGCUGCCGAAAAGCCCCCGGGGGUUGGGCCGGGGGACGGAGAGCUCUCCACGUCCGACUCAGAGGGGGACGGCAACAGCCAGCCCCCGGGGAGCGAGUCGGAGGAGAGUGAGAGCGAGACCGGUCGCUCGGGACCGACCUGCUGGGACGAGGAGGAGGUGCACGUGUCGGACCGGGAGCUGGAGGACACCUCUCUGUGGUUGAGCGAAGCCAGGUGGGAGCCGGAAGGGGCGGCGGGGGUGACGGGGAGCAUCCAGCCGCGACCCCUGAUCCGGGCACCCCGCUGUCUGCGGCGCAACUCGUCCCACCUGCUCCCUGCCGAGGCCGUCUACUGCCGCAAGAGCGCCUUCGGCCUGUACGGCCGGUACCGGCAGACCAGCCAGCACUGCCGCCGGGUCUCCACCGUCUCCAAGGCCGGCAGCCCCUGGCCCGGGCGCGGGGUGCCCCUGCCCAACCGGAGGAGCUCGGCGGCAGCCCGCCGGGCCUCCCUCUCCCUCCCCCUCCUCCACCGGAACUGCCCGGCCUGCUGGAGAGGGUCUCUCAGCCCCCUGCAGGGCACCUACUAUGACCCCCAGCUGGAAACUUGGAGUGGGUUCCUCUCGAAAGCCAUCGCCAAGUCUGGCCUACAACACCUGGCUCAGCCCAGUGCUUCAGCCAUCAUCAAAGGCGACCUGGACCGAGAGAUUCGCAGCACGGUGGACUGGACCGAGAGUGCCCUGUACGGAGACCACAUCUGGUUCGAGACCAACGUCUCCGGGGACUUCUGCUAUGUAGGAGAGCAGCACUGCAUCGCCAAGACUCUGCAAAAAUCGGUAGCACGGAAGAAAUGCGCUGCCUGCAAGAUAGUGGUCCACACCAUCUGCAUCGAGCAGCUGGAAAAGCUCCAAACGGACUUGUUGACCCCAGUAGACAUACUCCCUGACCCACCCACCAGAGACCCUUCUAUUACCAUAAAUUUUAGGUGUAAACCAUCGUUUAGGGAAUCAGGAUCGAGGAACGUACGGGAGCCUUCCCAUGUCCGAAGACUUGUAAAAAAGCCCCGGGCCCUUGCGAGGCUCAUAGGGAUGGCUAACCGCAUGGCGGCCGCCUGCGUGCCCCGGACAAAGCCCACCAUCGUGCGGCACCACUGGGUCCACCGGAGGCGACAGGACGGGAAGUGCAGGCAGUGUGGGAAGGGUUUUCAGCAGAAGUUUGCAUUUCAUAGUAAAGAAAUUGUGGCCAUCAGCUGCUCCUGGUGUAAACAAGCAUAUCACAACAAGGUGUCGUGCUUCAUGCUGCAGCAGAUUGAAGAGCCGUGCUCUCUCGGGGCGCAUGCGUCUGUCAUAGUGCCGCCCACCUGGAUCAUCCGUGUCCGCAGACCUCAGACUUCCCUUAAGUCCAGUAAAAAGAAGAAACGGACCUCAUUCAAGCGAAAAUCCAGCAAAAAAGGAGCGGAGGAGAGCCGGUGGAAGCCCUUCAUCGUGAAGCCUGUGCCUUCCCAACUCAUGAAGCCCCUGCUGGUGUUUGUCAACCCAAAGAGUGGGGGUAAUCAGGGAGCUAAGAUCAUCCAGUCCUUCAUGUGGUACCUGAACCCUCGGCAAGUCUUUGACCUGAGCCAGGGAGGCCCCAAAGAAGGGUUAGAAAUGUACCGCAAAGUGCACAAUCUGCGCAUCCUGGCAUGUGGAGGGGACGGGACGGUGGGCUGGAUUCUGUCCAUGCUGGACCAGCUGCAGCUGAACCCCCAGCCUGCCGUUGCUGUCCUGCCUCUGGGGACCGGGAAUGACCUGGCCAGGACCCUCAACUGGGGCGGGGGAUACACGGAUGAGCCGGUGUCCAAAAUCCUCUCUCACGUGGAGGACGGGAACAUCGUGCAGCUGGACAGGUGGAACCUUGUGGUGGAGCCUAACCCGGAGGCCAGCCAGGAAGAGAGAGAUGAGCAGCUGACAGACAAGCUUCCACUCGAUGUCUUCAACAACUACUUCAGCCUUGGCUUCGACGCCCAUGUAACACUGGAGUUUCAUGAGUCCAGAGAGGCCAACCCAGAGAAAUUCAACAGCCGAUUCAAGAACAAGAUGUUCUAUGCUGGAACGGCCUUCUCUGACUUUCUCAUGGGUAGUUCCAAAGACCUCGCAAAACACAUCAAGGUUGUGUGCGAUGGCACAGACCUCACCUCCAAGGUCCAGGACUUGAAGCUGCAGUGUCUUGUGUUCCUCAACAUUCCCAGGUACUGUGCCGGCACCAUGCCCUGGGGUAACCCUGGCGAGCACCACGACUUUGAACCGCAGCGACACGACGAUGGCUGCAUCGAGGUCAUCGGAUUCACUAUGACGUCUCUGGCAACGCUGCAGGUCGGAGGUCACGGCGAGAGGCUGAACCAGUGCCAGAAGGUCACCCUGACCACGUACAAGCCCAUCCCCAUGCAGGUGGACGGGGAGCCCUGCAAGCUGGCCCCCUCCGUCAUCCAUAUCUCCCUGAGGAACCAGGCCAACAUGGUGCAGAAGACCAAGAGGAGAACCUCCAUCCCCCUCCUAAACGACCAGCAGCCAGUUCCUGAACGACUCCGGAUUCGCGUGAGCCGGAUCAGCAUGCACGUCUACGAGGCCCUGCAUUACGACAAGGAGAAGCUAAAGGAGGCCUCAAUCCCAAUAGGUAUUAUCGUCAUCCCGGGAGACAGUGACCUGGAGAUGUGCCGGUCUCACGUCGAGAGGCUCCAAGAGGACUUCAUCCCUUUUCACCCCUCCUUCCAGCGACUGGUACUCCAGGAGGGGGACGGUACAAAAUCAAAGAACCUAUCGUCCCACAAGCUCUCGCCAAAGUGGUGUUUCCUCGACUCUACCACUGCAGAUCGUUUUUACAGAAUAGACCGUGCUCAGGAGCAUUUGAACUAUGUGACGGAGAUAUCCCAAGAUGAGCUUUACGUCCUGGACCCAGAGCUGGUUGUCACUGAGUCAGUCAGCACGUCGCCAGGGAUGCCGGAUCUGGUGGAUUCUUCUGGAGAGCUCCCGUCAGCGAUGGGCCAGUUCGCCUUCCCGGCCGCCUCGUCCUCUCCGCCCUCUUCACCUGUCCCCAGUCCGACCAGCCCGCACUCGGACAGCGAGGCCCUGGCUCGGCGACACAAGAAGUCUCUCUUCUCCUCUCACUCCGGCUUCCCCUUUCCUGUAAAGAAGAGGAUCCUGGAGCUUCAGAAAGCCACGCAGCGGAAGCGUAUUUCCAGCGACAGCUCGGUUGCCGAGGCACUGGCGCACAGCGAUUCUCUCAAGGCCACAAAGCCGGCCCUCAGCAGGAAAGGGGCUAAAAUUGUGAGUGUUCAUCGGUCUAACACAACUGCAGCUGAUUUCAAACCGGCAGACAGGUCUGAGAAGACUCCUCUGUGUAACACAGAUAAAGUCUCCCUGGAGGUGCUUAUUGAUUGUGUGAAAAACAAAGAUCAUCAGAGGCUAAUGGACCUCCACAAGCUGGGGGCAGACCUCUCCGUGCAGGACCCGUCGGGUCAAACCCUGCUUCACCACGCCGUGGAAGUGGGCAGUAAAGAGAUUGUCAAGUACAUCAUCGACAACGCACCCGCUGAUAUCUUGGAUGUAACGGAAAAAGAAAAUGGAGAGACGGUCCUGCACAAGGCAGCCUCGCUGUGCCAGAGGACCAUCUGCCAUUACCUGGUGGAGGGAGGGGCGUCCCUCAUGAAGACAGACCUGCAGGGUGACACACCCAAACAUCGGGCAGAGAAGGCCAAGGACCAGGAACUGGCGGGCUACCUGGAGAACCGACAGCACUACCAGAUGAUCCAGAGAGAGGACCAGGAGACUGCCGUGUGACCUUUCUUCCAUACCCCUACACGUGCCAUAGAAACCGUUCUCAGCCAGAAGCCAGCACCGAAGAGGUCUUUCGAUGGUCUGAGGAGCACAUUUCAGUUUUCAGCAGGUGGUCUACCGGCCAAUGCGCUUCCAGCGGAUGGCCCUUUCGCGUCCGCUGGUAACGCAGUGCCUACAAGAACUCCUGUCCCGUUUUAUUUUCAUCUUUGUUGCACUGCCAAAAAUGUACAAAUUAAAAAAGAAAAGAAAUCAUAGUGUUUUAACUGUUGUGUCGGAAUGCAUGAAAGAGCUGCUCCUCUAUUCUGCUGCGUUGACCUAUUCUAGUGCUGUGGCACAGACCGAAUGCUAGGCUAAUGCUAUAGAGGAGCUUAUAUAGAUUUCAGGCUUGGAAAAGAGAUUUCUGAAUGUCAAAGUGGUUUUAUUGUUCUACAGAGAAAUUGACCUCUACAGUGGAAAUAUGUCCUCAAACAACAUAAAAGUACAAAAUGGUCUUGAACAAAAAAAAAAGUUUUAAAAGGGUAUUUUUAUAGCAGGAAAUGAAGGCCACUGUCCUUAAAUGCAUCCAACUUGCUAUUAGUAUGACUGAAUGUUGCUUUAUGAGAUGGAAAAGACGCUUAGGAAUUUUUAUGAGACUGUUAUAGUUUUAUUUUAUUUGUAGUGGUUUGAUGACUUGUUAAUUUACUCAAACUACAUUAUGUUGUUUAGAUCUUGACUCUACCUUAGGAAGAGACAUUUUACACUGAAAGCUUUCACUGUACAAUUUCAACAUUGAUGAAACCAAUACUGUUCUAAAGAGAACUAUGACUUGUAUUAUUUGAAAACUACUCUAGUCAGAGUAGAUGUUUGACUUCUAAUUAGAGUAUUUGGUACUGUAAACUCAUAUUAGUAGCUUUCUGUCAAAGCAGAUUUACACUGCUAUUCUUCAUGCCUUGAAUAUUUUUUUAAUUGUAUGGCUGAUUGUUUGAAUUUCUACUUGGUGUACUAAAGUUGUGGCAUAUUUCUUAGUAUAAUCCAAAGUAAAUAGAUAUUUAUAUAACGCAUAGCUGUGGAAAUGGCAUUUUUGUGUUGUCAUGUUUGUAAUAUAAAAAUGUACAUUUGAUAUAUAUAUUUUUGAGAGGUAGAUAGCUUCUUAUCUUCUUAUUUACUAUUAUAUAUAACCAGCAAUUCAAGGCAUCUCUGUGUUUACUGCUACAGUUGACUUGGUAGGCGAUCCCACUUUUAAAAAUGUGUUUAAUUUAGGGGUCUAUUUAAUAACUUUUUUUCCCUUAUCAACUGGUGAAAAUGGUGGCUUUCACAUAGUUAAAUUACUUAAGACGGAGCUAUAAAUUUGAAGAGUGAAUAGUCUGCUAAAUUUGCUUUGUAUAUUACAUAGACCAAUAAUUCACCAUGGCUGUUUUUAUUUUUAUUUUGUAUAUACAGAUACAGAUACCACAGAAUUGGCUAAUGAAAGCAUUUACAGCAAACUGGGGUUGAGGUAAACAUCCUCUUAGCUAUAUUAUCAGAUAUUAUUUGUGUGUAAAAAGCAAUCCCAUUACACUAAAUGAUCACCCAUUUUGGUAUGCUAUGAGAAUGCUAUUUAUCCCAUUAGCCAUAUCUUGCAAUAUCUGUAUGGAUCUACUGUAAAUAUUUAUUUUUUUUAAGUUAAAGAAAGUAGACAUUACUCACUGGACUGUUUCAAAUGGUUUCACUGAUUUCUGGCACAUGAGCACGAUGCAUGAACACUGGCUAACGGCUUCAGUGUGCAAAGAGUCAUUUGUAAUAUUCCAGUGAACACUUUUGAAAUUCAUUUAUAUAUUUUGUGGGGUUCAGAACCCAGUAUUUCUUAUCAGUUUUGAAUUGAGCAUGUUUCAUUAGCUAUUUAUCACCAUAGAUUUUCAUAGAAGUUAAUAUCAUUUAAUUGCAAUUAUUUGAUCUUUAAUGAAUAUGUAUGUAAUGCAUAUGCAUAUGCAUUACAUUUUAUUAUGUUCACAAAAUGAUUAUUUAAGACUGUGCACUAGCAAAUGUAAUUUCCUUUAAAAAAGCAAAGAAAAAAGUCUCUGCUUUCUUGUUUUUUUGGACAAGUCAGCAUAUGGGCCAUGUUAUAAGUGAUCAUUUCUUCAUGUCUGAUGUACAGUUUUGACAGUCCAUGACUGCCAUCAAUGUGCAUGCACGUUAUUUUAUUUUUGUUAUGCUUGUAAAAAUAUUUUUUCCAUUUCGCAACAGGAAUGAAAAAGAAUGAAACUGUGUUCUUUUUAUUUUUUAUUUUUACGUUUUAAAACUGCAGUGGGUAAUUGCGUAACCAGAAAACCAAAACCGUGUUCAUUUUCAGAUUUGGGUUUACUGUCUUGGGAACGGAUAAUGCAGAACGCCAUCUACUGCCAUCUACUGUCAUCUACAUCUGCCACUGCAGGCAGUCCUGGUAGGCUACUCGAUGGUUCAUCGAGUCGGCUAUUAGCUUAUGUCUAUUCAACCCGAUAGGAGUGUGCUGAGACAAUGAAAAAAUCCCUGUAAAGCUAACUAAAAUGUCUACCGAUGUUCCUACCCAGCAUCGAGCUGGUGAGCUGCAGUGUAAAAUUAGAUUUGAUUGGUCUGGCAAUCCUGCCCAUUAUCUCUAGCUAGUGGAAUACAAACAUCAAGUUUCAUUGCCUCUGACAUGUCAGUGUUGGUCAGAGAGAAGUAGUUAUUUCUUAGACUAUAUUUAUUUGCUGAGUAAUAGAAUUGUGAGGAGUGCAUAAAAGACCACACUCAAUGACAUGCUGGUUUUUGUAGCGUUUCUAUGAGGUUUUCAAUUAUUGGCAGCAUUAAGCUAAUCUAACUAUUUCUGUGUUUGAUUCUCAGAGGAAUAGAUCGGAUCUGUUGGAUUUGAAGUCGUAUGCUAGUGAUCAUCAGUAAACCUGAACCAUUAUCCUCUGCUUCUGAAGACAGUUGGCUAGCUGCCUAGUUAUUUAUCCAGCUACAAUGAAUAAGGACAGGUUUAGCACAAUAAUCAGGUAAUGACAUUUGGUCAGUGAGCUCUGGAGUUUUGGCCUCCGUUAUUGUUUAACACUAUAGUUGGUAUAGGGCUCCUUUUUUGGGAUCUUUAUAUUGGUUUUUAAUAGGCUAUGUUGGCUGUGCAAUUCACAACAACUUUUGGGACCCCCCCACCCCCUUCAUGCUUUAUUGUCUUUUUCGUUAUUAUUUUCAAGAGGAGCAGCUGAAUGUUUUCUCCCAAAACAAGGUGUGGUAGUCACAUUGAAGCGAUACUGUUCUGCCACCCACAAGUUCCUAAGACAGUAAACCCAAAGUUGAAAAUGAACAUGUAUGAAUGUUUUCUGGUUUUUGUUUUCUUAUUGCCAGAUUACCCACUGCAUUACAAAUAAUUUACAUUUUUCUCUUUUAAAUUCCCAUUAUGACAUGGAAAAUGUUUUAAAUUAACACUUUUUUAUUCUUUACCAGCAUAACAGUAAUGAGAGUAAAAUAAAUGAACGAAUGAUACACGGACCCUCCAGCCAUGUUGGUUUCACGAUGCCCCAUUUCCCCAUCACUAGUGUCACUACAACCUCUCAGUAGAUUUUCAAUCAGAGUAUGAUUCUGACACAGUGAAUAAAAUCAAAACUAAACCACUGACAUAAUAUUCUUUAAUGAGUUUUUGGCAAAUGGAAAUAUCUGGACAUGGUUCCAGGGGUUCUUCAGUGGAAACUAGUACAGUAAUAUCAAGUGUGCUUGUACUUCUCCUAAUCUUCUCCUUUAUGUCAAUAAAAUCUUUGCCUGACAUUUUAAACAUUUUUACAAAUGCUCCAUCACAGUUUAAUCGAUAUUGAAACAGCUAUUACUUGAUAUUUUAUCUGGGGAAAUGCUUAGGUGUAAAAGCAAUUGGUUGAUUAAUUUUGGGAAUUAAAAUACUCUUUGGAAUAUCUUUGAAUGGAAACCAGCAUCCAAGAAGAUAGCUUCAAUGCCUCAACAGUAGAAAUGGGUUCUGUACAUGACAAUGAACAUCUGCAUUAUCUGUGGAAUAGCCAUAUUUAAUUACAUACUGUUCACUGUUACAGUAUACUGAAAAUGAGUGCAGUUUAGAGAAAUUCCCCCUUUUUUAAGACAAUCAGAAAUAUAAAUAAGUGUAUUAAUGUAUGUCUCACUCUGGUUUUACUUAAUCCAUCACUGUGGCCUGGAUAAUACAAAUUUUAAAAAGCGUUGACUAAAUUCAAGUUCAGCCAUCACAAAAAUGGAAAGAUUAUAUGUUUACAUUAAGUAAAAGUAUUUGCUUCUGAGAGUCUAGUUUAAUACAUAUUAUAUUGAAUGUUAGCAUAAUAGUAUAUCUGUUUAAAAUUAUAUGAUAAAUUUAGAUAAUGAAAAGUGAAUUGAGGACUAUUUAUUAUAUUUGCUUUAAAACAUGCACAUGUGUAUGUAUGUUAUAUUUUUAUAUUUCCAUCUGCCUUUCUGUGUUUGUAGUAAUAUACUGCUAUACAGUUUUUCUCUUAAUAUCUUUAACUGCUUCACAUACUUGUCACAUUAUACAGUAGAAGAGGACUCUGUUGAACAACCUUUGUCAGGAUUGUGUUGCUACGUAUAUUAUCUCUCAAAACUAUACCAGAAACUUUUUGCUGUAACCACUGCAGUGAAGUGUGCAGUUCAAUAGUUUAGUUGUGAAUUUUGCUUUCUUUUUUGAUAUUUGAAAAAUAUUGCUGCUUUUAAGUGACAACAGAUGUACAUGACUUGCUGGCUUCCCAUGAAAAUUCCUGCAUUUAGAAUAGUACAGGUUUUGCUUGUGGGCAGCUUAAUUCACUGAAACCCAAGCCUCCUCUCAGCAGAAUUGCAACCGACCAAUUGGAAAAGCCUUCAACGGAUUGAAUUGGGAAAGAUGUCUCUUCCUUCGCAGAAAGGAGAUUUUUGUGUAGCUUGGCACAGUUGCAUUAAUGGAGCCAUCUGCUUUAAAGACGAGUGGACAAGAAUCAAGAGAAUUGUGAGAAUCUCAAAUGUAUAAUCCUCAAAAAAUCUGUCAGGUCUAUGCAUAAUGUCGCAAAGCGAGCUAAAGACAGGUGUUUUGUCAAUUCAUGUGGGUGAAGCUCGGUAAAAGCAAAUGUCCAUGUGUCUAUUCAGAAUGUAACUGCUGUGAGUAUCUCACAGAGUGCAAGUCGCUCUGUAUUUCGUUUCGGCAGUAACAGCUGUCAACCAUAAUUUGGGGAAUUGCAGUAUGCUAAAAAGCAAAAUACAGUAUGCUAAAAAGCAAAAUAAACACAAACCAACUUUAAUACAAAUAGAUUAUAUGUAUAUAUUUAUCAGUCAUAUUGCUCAACUACUGUACAAAGUCUACUAAAAGCAAUAUUGCUAGCAAGAUCAAUCCUCUCUAAUGCGCGUUAAAGCAGCCUUAAAGCACUGAAGCAAUGCUGGCAUACGUAAACCUCAAACCCUGUGACAUUUUCAAACAACAUGCUAAAUGGAUGAUACAUUUCGCCUUCUCACUCUAGGGGUGGUUCAGUCUUAAGCAUUGGCUAUAUUGCCACGAGAAGCAUAUAAUCUUGCUACCCCAUUUUUUGUUUUGAAAUUGUAUUUCAUGAAGGGAAAAGCUUGGGGUAUUGAGCUGGCAUUGAGACAGUUUAGUGACUUGGUUUUGGUGUGCGUUUGAAGGUGGGAAUUAUGUGGAGGUCACUGGAAUGUCCAGAUACAGUGUGGAAUGUUUCACAGGGAAUCACAUCGUUAUAUCCAUGUUUUAGUGCAGUUUUGGUGCGUAGUGAUUGUUUUCAAACACACACUACUGUAGUCCCUCAUUUUAACUGACAGCCACCAGGUGCCUCAUUUAAUAUCAGUCCAAAUGUUUCUUAAAAGGGCAGUUCACCCAAAAAUGAAAUGAAAGUAUGUUACCAUUUACUUAGAAUACAAUAUAUCCAUUCGGAUAGUUUAGUUGAGAUGUGUCAAUUGUCAAAUCUAGAAAAUUCAACACAUCUCAGUGAAACUAUCUGGAUGGAUAGAUAGUACUUUCAUUUUUGGGAGAACUGCCCCUUUAAAACCAGUAAGGCUUACGCAGAAAACCAUUCAUCUUGCUAUGUGUAGAAAAAGUAUUUUCCCCUUUUGCUGUUGGUAUGCUAGAAUGUGUCACAAUUCUUGUUUGUUUUGGCCUUUGACCCCUAGGCAGACAGUGUAUUGUUUAAUUUAGCAUGUCAGCUUGUGUGCUGUUCCUUUAGGAAAGGAAGUUAAAACAUUCUCAAACUUAUGUCAUUUACAGACCGACCAUUGUGACAGUGUUCAAUACAAAAUUCAUCUUUGGUAUUUUCACAUCUGUAGUAAAUUGGAAUGCUUGAUAAAUAUUUUUAACAAUUUAAAUAAAUGUUACAAAACAUUUUGACAGGUCUUCAAGGUUUUCAACAACUGAAUGCAGUGAGGCCGUGCCAAUUUCUCUAUCUUUUCUUAAGAUUUCAAAGAGCUGUAAGCAGGAAUUUUAGUUUAUCUACAUUUACCAUGCUUGUUUUGAGUUGCUGUGCAAUUCAGGGUUAUAUACAGUAUGUAUACAGUGCAGUGUGUAAGUUUUUGGAUGGUGGUACAAUUUCCGCUCUUUUGGGUCUGUUCUCCUACACACUGGAUUUCAACUGAAACGGUGAAUAUGAGGCAGAUUGUCACCUUUAAUUUGAAAGUAUCCACGUCCAUAUUGGAUGAUCCAUUUAGGAAUUUUAUCGCUUUUAUGAAAAGGGAUGUACCUGUAAUUCCUACACUGAUUUUCUGAUAUGGACGUAAAUACCCUCAAAUUAAAGGUGAGUGCACCAAUGUGCGGGAGUACAGAGCCAAAAGAACAGAAGUUGUACCACAUCGAAAUACUUAUGGACUGCACUGUGUAUAUAUACAGUAUAUACGUAUAUAUGAUGUGUGUGUGACUCAAGAAUUUUAAAAGAAAAUGUGUGAGGUUACUGUGUAAUAUACAGUUUCUGUAAUUAGCUUUAAGAAAUACAUCAUUUUCUACUUAUAUAGUGACCAAAAACAUGGACAGACUAGUGUGAAGUAUAAACAAUAUUGACUUAUGUAUGUUUGUUCAAUGGGCUGGUUUUGUUACUGUCUGCUUGGAAAAAAUAAAUAUUUCAUAAAUGUU